GUCAAUAUGAGCCUCUUGUUGCCAUGGGUAAUAUUUCUAGUCAGGACGGUUCUUUUUCUACUUAUCAAGGUCAAUCUCAACCUUCUUCCGACAUGGGUAAUCAUUCGAUACAGGGUGUUUACACUCCACAAGGUCAAUCUCGACCUCCUAUUGCCAUGGGUAAUAUUUCUAGUCAGGAUGGUUCUUAUUCUACUUAUCAAGGUCAAUCUCAACCUUCUUCCGACAUGGGUAAUCAUUCGAUACAGGGUGUUUACACUCCACAAAGUCAAUCUCGACCUCCUUUUGCCAUGGGUAGUAAUUAUGUUGGGGUAAUAUCACAUAUUGUUUGUUUUUGAACAUGAAAAUGCAUUAUGAAUUUUUUUUAAAAUGCAUUGU